GGGACCUCGGGUCAUCCAGUGACAUUGAUUUCCAAUGUCAUGGGAAUCUUGAGAUUGAGUGUGAUAAUAUGACACUCAACCUUGUGUCAAAAUAACCAACUUGUCUAAACAAAAUCCUCAGGGGCUGAUGCAUAGAAGCUUCUGGUGCUGGCUGAGCUUCCAUUGCUCAAGAAAUUUCACAGAUCAACGGAUUCGCGAUGGCUUCUCCUGCUGAAUACUACAAAUCUCUUCCACCAAUAAGCAAGGCUUAUGGGACUGCUUGUUUGGCUGUAACAGUUGCAUUUGCUCUUGGGGUAGUCAAUCCUGCUAACAUUGCAUUGUUGCCUGAGCUGGUUUUCUACCGUUUCCAGGUGUGGAGAUUGAUAACAAAUUUCUUUUUCCUCGGCAAAUUUUCCAUCAAUUUUGGGAUACGCCUCUUGAUGAUGUAAGUACUUACUAGCAUGGCUAGAGGAUGACUAGUUACGAAAAGUUUUACUUCUCAAAAAGAAAAAUGAAAAUUUGGGAUUGGAAGUAUUCAUUCAUGCUGCCAUAGUUUAUUAGAGAAUUACUCCGAGCACAUAUUCUGCAAUAAUUACAUGUGUUGAGUACAUGAGUUACAACUAAAUCUCGACUCGUCAAUUGACUAGUCAGUUCACGAACCAUUCGACUUGUCAAUGUGACAACCAUGAUUAUUAUUACUAGUACUAGGCGUAUUGUUUAUUAGUAAGUAGUCCAAGUUUCAUAUUAUUAUAGAGUAUAUUCUAUUUUAGUUAAUAUUCUUAAUAUCAAUAUUCUAAUAAUUUGGAACUCUAUUUAGUACUCACCAUGAUUAUUGUUAGUAAUAUAAAUAGGGUUUACGU